AUGCCUGCUGCCAAACACCAGGUUUCCAAUGCAUUCACCUUCCUAAAUUACGACAAUCCCGACCAUAGCGCCUCCCACCGAAGGUUGGUCAAGUCGCAUAUCUCAAGCAAAUACCGGGCUUCCAUCCGCCAGCAGACUCAGCCUCGCUACGCAUUACCAUGUCAAGCCAGGAACGCCCAGGACCAGGACUCACUGCCCAAGUCCAGGCGCAAGAAGCCACAGACCUCACCCCAGUCUGACGGAUCCUCAAGUUGCCGAUGGUCUCGCGCGCCUUCUCCGCUCGAAGUCGGUUUCGGCGGUAUACGGAUGGACCCAUUUAGAUCCUUGCCAGGUCAAGCAACACCUUGCGUCUCCCAGGCCCUCGACUACUACACUCAGAAGAUUUCGCCCCUCAUGCAGCCAUUGUUUCAGACGAUCAAGAUGGCCAACCCACUGAUGAUCUGGAUGUUUCCGUUGAUCCUGUCUCACGAAAGUGCGUACCAUGGAGCUGUGGCAUUGUCCCAGGCGUAUCUGGAAAAGUGCCGAGCACCGACGCGCGAGGCAUCUGCGGAAGUCAAAUUCCAUCGAAGAAAAGCCGUGUCAAUUCUGUGUGACCAACUGGCCGAUCUUCGCGGCCCUCCCGACGACGGUGUGCUCAUGACCGUGCUAGCUCUGGCGUGCUUUGAUGUUUUGUAUGGCGAAGACAGAAUCGCCAAUCGCAAAGGACUGGCACUCAUCGUUGCGCUGAAGGGAGGACUUGACAACUUGGGGCUGCGCGGCCUCGUGAAAGCUUUUCUGGUGCAAUCUGACUACUUCUGGAUGCUCGAGACCGGUGCAGAGACCAUCUUUCCCUUCACAAAACGCAAGAACAGGAGAAUAUACCCUCAACGACCAUUCAAAGAUGAUCUUCUGCUGCUCCUCCGAACACUACCCCCGGGCCUUGCCGCAAUCGGUCGCCAGGGCACCUUAGGCUUGGAUACCAUCCGGAUUCUUUCAAGGGUCAACAUGUUUCUCCGAUCCAAGCUCGCUGAGAUCCCACCUCCGGUAGAAGAAGAUCUUGUGUCAGAGGGCAAGGAUUAUCUGGACCUUCUUGAAGUAUGCGCCUGUCUCCAAUCAUCCACUGACACCGAGCAUAGCUUAGAGAAGAACUUGAUGCUCGCGGUGAUCAUGUUCGGUUUCGACAUGCAUGAUCCCAACGGGUCAUUUUCCCGAGUCGCGGCGUAUCGAGGCUCCAGGCAAGAGUUGACUCGGUCGCUUCCCUUCACGCAGACGCGGAGCCCGGAGGAGAGAGCCUGCUUGAUUUGGAUCACGAUGAUUGUCAUGAGAUCUUGGGGCUUGGAGACUCCACUUGCUGCUCAAGCGAUAGCCCUUGGCCGAAGCUUCUUUGCACAGUUCACGGAAGCGAGAUCCUGGGACGCUGUUGAGUCUGCAAUGCGUUGCUUCUUCUGGUACGAGCCACUUGCAGACGGCUUGAUAAGCAGCUGGCUACAAGCCUUGACCACACAUGAGAAAGAAUUGGCCGUGACAGACUCCAUGGGCGUCACAGGCAAACGGCAACCGGGUCUCGCCUGCUCACUCCGCCCAGUCGAGGACGGGGACUACCUACAGGAGCCCGUAGAUGAGAAUGCUGUCGUCCAUCUGCCACCCAUGUUGACAUUAGAUAAGUACCUGAUAGAGGUUCAGUUACGGUAA